AUGAUUGCCUAUAAGCCGACAAAUCAUUACCGACAUUCCUCCUGUUCUCCGCUUCCACCUCCACCUCCACCUCCACCACCGCCACCACCACCAUCGAGAUUAACACAACCACCAUCAUAUGCAAUGCCAAGCCGAAGAUCUGUAGAAAUAGCACAUACGAAUACUUGUGUUUGUUUAUGUCGUCGUCCGCAACAAAAUCAACGUCGUAUGACUCAAUCUGAUCAGCAUCCUACAUCUACUUCGAAACAGCGUCUGAUGAUCAGCUAUAACUGGGAUAAUCAGGCUAUAUGCAAGAAAAUCUAUGACCGUCUGCGAUCAGACGGAUACACAAUAUGGUUUGACGUUCAGAAUAUGCAUGGAUGUAUCUAUACAGCCAUGGCCAAAGCAGUUGAACAAUCGGAGAUUGUUCUAUUCGGAAUGACUGAAAAGUACAGACAAUCGGAUAAUUGUCGUAAAGAAUUAACAUAUGCAUGUAAGAAACGUAAAAGACUUAUUCCAUUAAGACUUCAAGAAAAAUACGAUCCGGAUGGAUGGCUUGGUCUUAUCUCAGCUGAAUUGCUCUAUAUUGAUUUUACAAAAAAAGAUUUUGAUACAAAUUAUCAGAAUUUGCUCAAGGAAAUUGAAUCUGAUGAAAAUAUUUUAUGA